GUGGUCGUCAUUUCAGGAAGUGGUCGCUUGAAAGGACGAAACAUUUCACUUUCUCCAAUAUGAUCAUUAAAAGAGAGAAAAUGUUUACAGUAAGAAGGUAGUCGUGCUUUCAGCAACAUUAGCGUCAGCUUAAUGAUGGCUUUGCAGGUAUCCCACAGGGAUGGAAAUGUGGGUCGAAUUUGUCGCUAAUUCAACUUUUCAGAUAUGUCAGCUAUGAGACGUGCGGUGGACAGUAGCUGGUUAUUUCACUGUAACAUUUCGAGAACAGCAGUUUCCAGAUUUUUCAAGACCUCGAGCAGCUGCGGAACUGUCAUGCCCGCGUGGGUGAUUGAUAAAUACGGAGCCAAUGAUGUUCUGCGCUUCAGCAAAAAUGCCAGCUUCCCGGUCAUCCACUACCCCAACGAGGUGAUCGUCAAGGUGUUCGCAGCAGGACUGAACCCGAUUGACGUCAGCAUGAGAGGGGGCUAUGGUGCUGCCACCCUGUCCAUGAAGAGAGACCCUCUCAAUAUUAAUCAGACGGGCAGCGAGUUCCCGCUCACCCUGGGGAGAGACGUGUCUGGCGUCAUCAUGGAGUGUGGCCUGGAUGUGAAGUACUUCCAAGAAAGAGAUGAGGUGUGGGCCGCCAUCCCACCUUGGAAGCGGGGCAGCUUGGCUGAGUUUGUUGUGCUGAGUGCCAAUGAGGUGUCCCUGAAACCGAAGACCCUGAGCCACACGGAGGCCGCCGCCAUCCCUUACGUGGCGGCCACGGCGUGGUCGGCGCUCGUCAACACGGGAGGGCUCACCAAAGACAACUGUGCCAAGAAACGUAUUUUGAUCCUCGGAGGGUCUGGGGGAGUGGGAACAUUUGCCAUCCAGAUGCUGAAGGCGUGGGGAGCCCACGUGACCGUGACAUGCUCCCAGAAUGCCGAGCGUUUCGUCAGGGGGCUCGGAGCGGACCGUGUGGUGGACUACACGGCCGGACCCGUUGAGGUGCCGCUCGCUGCCCUGAACAAGUUCGACCUGAUCCUGGAUAACAUCGGGGGCAGCACAGAAAGCUGGGCGCUGAAUCUGCUCAAGCCCUGGAGUGGCGCCAAGUACGUCACCCUGGUUACGCCCUUCCUCCAAAACACUGACGCUCUCGGGGUCGCCGAUGGUAUGCUGCAGAACGCCGCCACUGUGGCCGGGAAGGCCCUCAAGCACCUUGUUAAGGGGGCCCACUACCGCUGGGGAUUCUUUGCACCGAGCGGUCCAGCACUGGAUGAAAUAAGGGAGAUGGUAGAUGCAGGGCAGAUCCGCGCCGUUGUCGAAGAAACCUUCAGCUUUGCGCAGGUUCCUCAGGCCUUUGCGAAGGUGGAGAAGGGCCACGCCCGAGGGAAGACCGUGGUCCACAUCAACAAGGGCAGAUGAUGUGGAGCACAAACACGAUCUCGUCAACUCCAUUAAGCGCUGAUGUGUUUCGCUGCUGAAGUUGAGCGUAAAGACUGUUUAAACCUGCUAAAUGUUGGAAAAGGUUUCAUUUUUCUCGUCCGAAAUAAAUGUUCAUUUUAAAUCCUGA